GCGAGAUUUUGUGGUUUGGCGUUAACACAGAUCUCCAAACCAUAAAUCAGCCUUCAUCCUGGAUUUACUCUAAAGUAACGUGAUUUACAGAUCUACAAUUCACAUUAGAGAAUCCACAGCGGCUGUGGGAAGUUUGUUGCCAGGUGUCUCUGAGCUACACGAAGCCGAACCGGCCAGACAGAAGAAGAUGAGCUUCUUAUUCGGGAAUCGUUCAUCUAAGACGUUUAAGCCAAAGAAGAAUAUUCCAGAAGGUUCUCAUCAGUAUGAGCUGCUCAAACACGCCGAAGCCACGCUGGGCAGUGGGAACCUGCGUAUGGCUGUCAUGCUUCCUGACGGAGAAGAUCUGAAUGAAUGGGUGGCCGUCAACGCGGUGGAUUUCUUUAACCAGAUUAACAUGCUGUAUGGCACCGUCACAGAUUUCUGCUCGGAGGACAGCUGUCCGCUCAUGUCUGCAGGACUGAAAUAUGAGUAUCAUUGGGCAGAUGGGACCAACAUUAAGAAGCCUAUUAAGUGCUCGGCUCCCAAGUAUAUAGAUUAUCUGAUGACGUGGGUUCAAGACCAGCUGGAUGACGAGACCCUGUUUCCUUCUAAAAUAGGUGUUCCCUUCCCCAAGAACUUCAUGUCUGUGGCCAAAACCAUCCUGAAGCGUUUGUUCAGAGUUUAUGCUCAUAUAUAUCAUCAACACUUUGACGCGGUCAUGCAGCUUCAAGAGGAAGCUCACCUCAACACGUCUUUCAAACACUUCAUCUUCUUUGUACAGGAGUUUAACUUGAUCGACCGUAAGGAGCUGGCUCCUCUUCAAGAGCUCAUUGAGAAACUCACUACAAAAGACAGAUAAACUGAGACAAGGAGAGGAAAAGAAGUUAACAAGGAAGAAAAAGACAGUGAUCCGGCUCUCUCUUCUGACUCUCCCUUCUGUCUUUUGCUUUGUACAGAUGAUUUUAACCCCACAGCACUGCUAGGCGAAGUGAAGGAACGGCACAAUACUAAUAUUUCUAAAUGGAUCAAACCUGAUUUUUGGCAUUUGAUGACAACAUGAUGCCUGGAUGAAACGGUUACAUAUGAUUUGAAGUCCUUCACAUUAGUUUGGUCACUGUAUGGGAGGGAUUUUAACGAAUGAGAACUGAACUACAGACUACAAGCAGAGGAUAGGUGAUUCGCUUUCUUUGACUAGUGUGAAUGUUAAAGGGCGUUCAAAUGCUGACAGCAAAAACAUGGAGUUAAAUAACUUAAGUCGAUUUUCCUAUGCAAUAAUGAUCUUAUUUGUCCUCACUGAUGUUGUUGGGCAAAAUUGUUUGAAGUUCAUAUCAGAGUUGAUAUCUUGUUUUUUCCUUAAAUAUUUCGCAUUUAAUAUCGGUCACUAUUAAGGGUUAUUUUAGCCAGGUUUUGAAUACUAAAAAAAUGAAGUGUGCAUGCUGGAGUUGCUGCUUUGUUGGACCCAGAUGGCUGAUGGGAAGUGUUGGCCUUGACUUUAUAUCUUAUGCUGUGCAUCAAAGAGACAAAAAGAAAUGUAUGAUAACAGCUCAGAGUCUCGGAGUAGCCACAGCUGUUUCAGUUUUUUUCGUUUUUCGUAAAGCAUUGAAUUGAUGCAACUGGGUUGCCAAACGUUUCUUAAAUAUUUAACCUGUUUAAUUAUUAAAGCGUUUCAGUUGUUCCCAUUUAAAAUAUACUUCUUCAUACGGUCCGUACAGUUCUGAAAUAUUCAGUAUGUUGAUGAAUUCAGCUUUAUGGUUGGGUUGUAUUAGUUGUUAUGGUUAGA